AUGCCUUUACAGGCUAAGAUCCGGUUCUGGGUUAAUGACUUUUCACCUGAGCUUUAUUCUCUUGCACCCACAGAGGAUUUUGUGAUGUCCGUCUGGGGCAGAUCCCCAUCCCUGCAUCGUGCCUCUACCCCAUGGGUGACCAUGAGCUCAUCGAAUCUUCAUGGCUCAUUUUAUCGGGCUGACACCUUCUCACCUUCUCACCAAACUGCGUCGGCCAUUUCUCGAUCUCCCGUAUCAUGGCAUGGUUGCAGCGAGUCUAUGGCGGAAUCGUCACCCUGA